UUCAGCGGCAAAGAAGACGGUUCCGCCAUGGCUUCCAGUAGGUCGUUCUCCACUCUUUCCAACAGCAGUUUCUCACUGUCGCCUUACCUGGGCGAUCGUCUAACGUCUACGAUUUCUGAGGCUCAAGCGAAGGUGAUGUCUAAAAUGGACCAGCUGCACAAGAAAUCUGGCGGCUUGGCGAAGCUCAAAUCCAGUGUCUUUUCCGUCGUUAACGACAUAAAAAGUCUGAGGAGUUUCGAGCAGCUCGGUUAUCCGCUGCGUGCCAGUUCAGGGUCGCUGAACACUUCGGACACUGCAUCGGUAGCUGCUGGAGACCGGAAGUACGCUAACGAAGAUGUGGCUUCUGUGAAAGUCGACGAAUGUUCGCUGUGCAUGAAGCAGGUCGGCGACGACGAGAUUCAGGUCGUACAUGACCCAGCGUUUCAGCUGAGCUCUGGCGAAACGGGCACCCUGCUGAACUACGACAGUAACGGCAUGUGGGCCAGGGAAACGACGUGUGACGCCACCGAUGGAGUUGAGGUUCUGAUGUGUUCAAGCAGUAAAUGCAGCCAGUGCGGUCUUUUGUUGUACGAUGAGGAGAUCAUGUCAGGCUGGUCUCCCGACGAUUCGGAACUGAAGUCCCGGUGCAACUUUUGUGGAAACUCAUUCGUACCCAAUCUGAAGGUUGUGAUUCGUGAGUUUUCCGAGACAUUGCCCGAGUCAUGGUACUACAGGAGAGCUCCGUCCGCGUUUGACAGUCCUGUGGCAUCUGACAGCUCCCUGUCCGGAAAGUUGGACGGCGAAGGCAACGCACGCCUUCUGAAGGUAGGUUCUGGUGUCGCGACGACUAGUGGCCACAAAUCGUUGUGCAAAAGCGACUCUUCGCUGAACGUCGCCGACUGUUCCAGUCGUGGUUUUAUUCAUCACAACAGUGUUCGCUUCGAACCAAACGGUCAGGCGGCGAAUGCAACCGCUGUUUCAAGCAAAAGCCAUGAUUCUCGUGGUGCUAAACCUGACCUGUGGCGUAAUGAUUCGGACAAGCGCGUUGAUGUCAGUAACAUAGUGUCGAUCACCGUUCCUUACUUAAGUCCGAUCGUGCUGAGGAAGGAGUUAGAGAAUAUAAUCAUCUCGGAAGGAGACGGUGUGCUGACCAACGAGAGCUUCCUCGAACGACACCCGAUUGUCUACUGGAACAUGGUGUACGUAUUUCAGAGGAUCUGCGUACCGUCGCACUUGCUCACCUGGAUACCGAACUUUUAUCUCAAGGACUUGAGGGCUCGCGGCAUUGCCGCUGAUCAGCUCCCGGAUCUGUCGAAGUCAAAGCGGCGGGUGCCGCUCGUUCGUUGCGUCUACGAACUGCCGAUCUGCCGGGAAGACAGCUCCGACAUGACGCCCCUGUUCCUCACCCCGUCGGUGCCGCCGCAGCGCGAAUGCAACUCUUCCUCUUUAGUGCAAGCCUUGUUCAUCGAAAACCGGGUCGUUUACAAAACGCUUCGCCAGCAGAUAUUGGAUUACCUGUCGGCGCAGAACCUUCAUAAGCCGAUUCAGCUGCUGCUCAAUGAGCACCGUAAGGUGUCUACGCCGUGGGACGAUUUCGACCACGAGUACCGCGUCGCUUUCGGCAAACUGCCUCCAAAGAUAGCGGCCAUGUUACCGGCGUACGACCGACCCCCUUCGUUCGCCGUUACCGCUUGUCGUAAGGUGUUUAUGCCACUGGAUGUAUGCUGA